AUGGAUUCGAUUCGUGACUCGCCUUUCGGACUGAUAGUCCGCUUCAUUACGAAGAACAAGUACUUCAAACAUGAAGAAGAGCUCGACACAUUCAAGCACCCAUACUACCACGGACCAAAAGAAGCUAUCGUUGAAGGAAAUCACGAUUUGGUCUCACCAGAGUCCUCUAGCAUCAUUGCCGCAGUGUCUGAAGACGAUGUUGAACGUCAAAGCGGUUCCGAAAUCGAUGAGAAUAUCAUCCAUCGCCUGGUAACCCUGCAGAGUCAACAUGAUCUCGACGAGAAGUAUAUUCUAGUCGAUUGGUACACAACAGGUAUGCUGUGCCCAUAUAUUGGUAAACAUCUUUCGCUGAGGUUACUCCUUCAGAUGAUCCUGAAAACCCACAGGAUUGGAGUCUCACGAAGAAGAUCUUUAUUGCAUUUGUGGUUUGUUAUUACUCCUUCGUCGUCUAUUUCUGAUCGUCCAUAUCUGUGGGCGCGGUACCCGAGAUCAUCACAAGAUUUGGAGUUAGUGUCGAAGUGUCAUCCCUCGCGCUGUGUCUAUAUGUUCUUGGUUGGAAGUGGCUUCAAUAGGAAGAAAUGCUCCCUAUAUCAUUACUUUAUUCAUAUACACAAUGCUUUGGAUCGGUGCUCUAACGGUCAAAUACUUAGCCGGCUUCCUCGUUUUUCGAUUCUUGACUGGUGUCUUCGGAUCUCCAGCUCUUGCUACUGGAGGAGCCACGUUUGGGGACAUGUUUCCGUUGAUCAAAGUACCAUACGCUUUGAUAGUCUGGGGAGCAUCCACCGUGGUGGGACCUGCCCUGGCCCCCAUGCUUUGAGUCAGUGCCCCUGUGCUUAUAUUAUCGUUUUUCUUUGUACCCGAGACAUCAGCAUCCACGAUCCUCUACUUCCGCGCUCGCCGUUUGCGCAAAUUACAGGGGAUGAUAAAUAUCGUACAAAGGAGGAGAUCGAUCGCAUCACUAACAAAAAAACGAGCAUUUUCUGGAACACCAUUUCAAAACCAACAGAAAUCAAUGUCCUUGACCCGGCAGUGCUCUUCUCAACGAUUUACACCAGCCUUAUCUAUGCUAUCUUCUAUCCUUUCUUCGAAUCAUUCCGGAUUAUUUUCCAAGCUGUCUAUCACUUCAGCUUCAUACUGGUACCUCUCUUCGAGCGACAGUUGGAAAGGAAAGGACUGGGCGCUUUUGGGGCCCCUGAGAGGCGUCUCGUUCCGGGUCUAUUGGUUUGUACGCUCACUCCUAUUGGAUUAUUCAUCACUGCAUGGUCCUCCCGCCCCAGCGUGCACUGGAUGGUCCCCAUCCUCGGUCUAUUCCUCAACAUUAUCGGGACAUUCACGGUGAUUGUUUGCAUGUUACAGUACCUCGCCUUCUCGUACCCCCGUUACGCGGCGUCUCUCUUUGCAGCUAAUGAUUUUGCCCGGUCAACCUUGGCGGCUGGAGCAAUCAUGUUCUCUAGGUUUAUGUUCAUAAAUCUUGGCCUGGACUGGGGUAUUAGUUUGCUUGCGUUUUUGGAUAUCAUCUGUGUUGUGCUACUGUUUGGGCUGUGGAAGUACGGUGGGCUUCUGAGAGCUAAAAGUCGCUUUGCUGAAUCUUGA